AUGUUCCUUUUCCGUGACGAAAGAACCAAGUACGCUCCCGUCAGGGACGCCGAUCUGGACGGAGUACCAUUGGAAGACGGCCCAAGUCUUGUUCGAUCAACCAAAAAAUUUGGCUUGCGGGAGGUGCUGGCCAUCAGCCUCCUGACUGCAUUCAUUUCCAGCGUUCUCGCCAUCGGUGCGACAUUUGCCAUGAGCACUCUUUCCCGACCAGCCAGCAGUGACGGAGACACCUCUAAGACCCUGGACUGUGGCCACAGUGUCGCCGAAGCCCGGGACAAAGGCUGCACAUUUGACCCGCUCACUGUGGCCUGGCUCCCUGCAGAGUGCCCGCGAGACGGUGCUGAUGAAUUCGUCGCUGCAGCAAAUCCAUCCUGGCGCUACUGGCACGACCGACAAAUGGAGAUCACUGGAGGAUACGACAACUUGUCCAGCAUCGGUGGAGAUGGAGUCUACUGGACCACCACCGCGGAGCACUGGACGCACUGCGUCUUCAUGUUGUGGAGGGUGCACGCCGCCCUCGCACGCGGCAGGAGGGUAGAUUGGAUGACGGCGAACCAGACACACAGCCACCACUGUCUGAUGAUGUUGUUGGAGGCCACGAAGAUGGUUCCGCGGCGGGACGAGAUCCACACGUACGGCUACGUCAGGUUCGGCUCGUGCUGA